GCUUCGUCUCUUCGUAUCUACUUCCAUCGAUAUCAUCUUCUUUUCUUCUUCUCUCAAACAUUCAACAAAACCCAGAAGCCGAGAAGACAAGAAAGAAAAGCAAGAAGAUAAGAGCCUCCGUCGCCAUGUCCGUGAAGAAGAUUCUCUCCGUAAACGGAGAGAAGGCCCGCAAAUCCGCCAUACCUGCGAGGAAAGCCCUCUCUCUCAACUCCAACAACCGAACGUCGUCCCCGGAAGCCAUGGAUUCUAGUAAUGGUGCCGUUGCUCUGAAGAAGAGGCGCACAGACAAGUGCUUCUCAUUCUCGGAGAUAAACAUUGAAAAGCCGGCGGGCUCGACGUCGCUGAAGGACGUCGACUCGAACAAGUUGAAGGCUGAGAUCAAGCGGUGGGCCAAGGCCGUCGUUAAGUACGCUCGCCAGGUGAGUGACCGCUUCGCGAGGUCGAGUUCCAAUGGUGGUGGCUGAUUCUAUGUAAUUGGAGAUCCCAAGUUAUUGUUUUUCAUCAAUGGAGAGACAGAGAUUAGCGGACUCUGGCUAAUUGUGUAUGUUACCUCAAAGAUAAUUGAAGAGGAGGAAAGCGAUCGGUCGAGGAGAGUUUGAGCCAUUGCGACGGGUUUUUAUGUACAUAGUUUGACAACAAAUAAAGAUGUAAAGCAUUGAGGUUAUGGAAAGUUUGAUUCUUUAAAGAGAAAAUGAUUGAUGUUUAUUUAUGUUGUUGUUUGGUUUCUAGUAAUUUGUAGAAUAGCAUGGCAAUGUCAUAUGCAAGAGGGCUCGAACAUCUAUUGUGAUUUUUGGUCAAAGACAAGGGGUUGAAUGCAUUUUUUUACCAUC